UCUCUUUUUUAUCCUCGUUCACCCUUUAACUGUGGGUUUUAAGCUCUUUCUGCCUCGAUUGUGGUGUAGAACAGCUUCUAUUUUCCUUUUUCUUCUUCUUCUUCUUCUUCUUCUUCUUCUUCACGUGCAACCCACGAAUCUGAAAAGCUUUAUUUAUGUAUAUUUAUUGAUUUUUUUAUUUGUUCUUUUUUGCCUUUUCUUCUCUGUAGUUUGUUCCUUCAGCUGGAUGUUAUCUGGGUCUCUGGCUUGAGGGGUUCUUUUACAAAAUUUUCUGCAAGGGAGUGAAGAGUACAAGUGUUGAUAUAAUCUAAUGGUUUUAGCUUAACCUUUUCCUGUGGAUUCGGUGUGAUUUGCUAAGCCAUAAACCAAGAGGCAUUAUUCAAGUACUGUCUUGAAAUUUCACAAAUAAAGCUGAUGUUAGUAACUAAGCAAUGCAGUUAUAUCAUCAUCCUUACUCUUUGGAUAGCCAGAAGGUGAGACUUGCCUUGGAAGAGCAGAGCAUUGAUUACACGUCGUAUCAUGUCAAUCCCAUCACGGCCAAGAACAUGGACUCCUCAUUCUUCAAGAUCAACCCAAGUGCUAAACUUCCCGUAUUUCAAAAUGGUUCCCACAUUAUUUUCGACACAAUUGAGAUAAUUCAGUAUAUAGAGAGAAUUGCAGUUGUCUCCUCAGGGACCGACGAGAUAAUGCCAAGUAGCAGGGAAGUUGUUGAAUGGAUGCAUAAGAUACAAGAAUGGAAUCCAAAAUAUUUCACUCUUGCCCAUAUCCCUGAAAAGUACCGUCUUACUGUCACCAGAUUUAUAAGGCGAGUGGUGAUCUCUCGGAUGGCAGAAACUCCCGAAAUGGCUGCUGCUUACCAUCGUAAGCUCAGAGAAGCAUACGAGACUGAAGACAAAUUGAAAAACAAAUCUGUUGUCAAACAAAGCACUGAUCAUCUAGUUGCACUUCUCGAUGAAAUCGAAUUGAAACUAAGCGAGACUUCUUACAUAGCAGGGGAAGAGUUCACCAUGGCUGAUGCCGUAUUCAUUCCAGUGCUGGCUCGACUCGAGCUGUUGAAGCUGGCAGAUGAGUAUAUAGGCAGCAGACCAAACAUUUCAGAGUAUUGGAUAUUGGUGCAGCAGAGGCCAAGCUACAAGAAGGUAAUUGGAAAGUAUUUCAAGGGAUGGAGAAAGCAUAAAACACUUCUGAAAACUUGGUGCUUUGUUCAUAUCAGAACCUUGCUGAGAAGAUAUUGAUGGAAAAAUAAUUAUAGUCAUAAAAGUUUAUUUGUAUUUUUGUACAUGAGGGAGAAGCUAUUGGGGUGAAAGGGUAAGUGUAUCUAUCUAUUUGUUGCCAUUUUUUUACCUCCCUUUUUUUGUUUUGUUUCAUAAAAUGUGUGUUGUAUUGUGAUUCUCAUUUUUAUUUCUUAUUGGACAGAGGAUUGGAGGUUGAAUCUUGAUUUUGGAUUUCCCAAAUGGUAUUUAAUAAUAAGUCAGUGUGCUAUUACAUUUUUAUUUUU